AUGACCUACCUCGGACCAAGUCAGCGACGUUCACUCUCAAAGUCCACCAAAGAUGAACUGAAGGUGCUUCAGCAAGUCAAUGGAGGAGAAAAUCUCUGUGUCUUUAAGGGCCUUGUUAGUGCAGGAGAGCAGUUUCAGUUUGUGUCUCAGAGGCACAGAGGUUUCCCCUUCAGUGCCAGCCUGUAUGUCAACGGUAUCAUGGUGGCUCGGAUCAGCUCCUGCUGUGAGUACCGCUACGCUCCCGGCUUUCAGCAGGGCAGGAAGAGCUUCUUCAGACUGAGCUGGCUGGCUGGUGGGACCCCCUGCUACAGAUGCACUAGUCUCCGAAACAAAUACAGCUCCUGCCAACAGCUGAACAACGGCACAAAGGAAAACUUAAUUCUCCCUCUCGAGCAGAACACUGGCAAUGGCACCAUCGAGUCUUGUCCAUCAUCCCCUCUUUUUAUCCCAGCCAAACCUGAGAAGAUAUCAGUGAGGAGAACUAGAAAACACGUUAAGGAACGCAGCGAAGAAUCCACUGACAGUGAAGAGGCUAUUUUUUCUGGGAUAAAAGAAAAAUUCAGGGGGAAAAAACGCAAGGGUCAAACUGAUCAGAAAGAGAGCAAAGGAAAGACAGGUGGGAAAAGCAGAGGGGAAGAUGAGCAAGGCGGCAAGGGCUCAGAGAGAUCAACAGUGCCUGAACAAUUUGAAGAGCAGACAGGACAGAAACCCAACCACUCAAAAACAAUGGGGAAAGUCACUAAGCUGCAGACAGAACAGCUGCCAUCAAACAAGACAAGUAAAACCAUUGAUUCAUUGCAGGAUGAGGAGGAACUGACUAAGCAGAACAGAAAGGAGCAGCGAGACUUCAAAUCAGAUGGGAAAAGCAGCGAUGGGGGAAGACUGAAGGACUUCUACAAAGAAUGUGUGGAAAUGAGUGUUGAAUUGAACCAGAGCCCAAACAAACACUGGUUCAAGGCAAACAUCCUAGAGAGGUGCCGACUCCAGAAGAGGAUGUCGUCAUCGUGCCCCAAAGCUCAGAACUCCGAUGUGGAGCUGAGUGCAGAGAGUGACACAGUCCCGCAGCCUGAUGGAGAGCCAGCAGAGGAGGAGGUGGGCACUGCAGGCCAGGAUGCUGCCAAAGAGGAGCCUGUUCAAGAACAAGACCUGCAGGCACAGCUUGAUGCCAUGAUGAUGAUGUUGAGCACAUCUGAUGAGGUUGAGCAGCUGGUUCUGAGGAACACCGAACUGACAGAUGACCUUUUGUUCAGUCUCGCCGGGGUUCUGAAGAACAGUGCGUCUGACGUCACGUUGCUCAAUCUCAACCUGAACCUCAUCGGCCCCUACGGCGCUCACAUCCUGCUGGACGUCCUGAGAGUGAAGCCGCAGGUCCAAUGCUUACACUUGUUUGGGAACAAACUGCGUGACCACGGAGUGCUGACCCUAUUGAGUGGGAUAGCGGAGCUGCAGGUUCAAACUGCAGCAGCUGCCGCAGCCAUCUACCAGAUGCUGCCUUUCCCAUUAGAGCAAAAUGUGGUGCUGCAGCUCCCCACCGGGUGGAGCUCUUUCAGGGCUUUUACACUUCUGGAAUUGGAUAUUGGUGGAAAUGGGCUCAGCAGCGAUGGGGUCAAGGUUUUAGCAUCCUACAUGAGAUCCCACUCACAGCUGCAGUACCUGGGGCUGGCACAAACAGAUAGCGCGGAUCUGUCUGCGUGGAAGGAACUUUUCGACAGCCUGAAAGGCAACAACUCUCUGACUCAGAUCAUCUUAGAUGAGAACAAUCUGGGGGACCCCGGAGUCAGGCUGCUGGCAGACAUGUUGAAAGAGAACACGAGUCUGCAGCAGGUGGACCUCGACAGGAACGGCAUCAGCGAUGUGGGAGGGAAUGACAUCAUGGGGGCGCUGCUCUGCAGGACUCAGGUGUCCCUGACACAUCUUAGCCUUGAUGAGAACACCAUAAGUGAAGGAUUGAUGAGCAGGAUACAGGAGCAGAUAAAAUGGAAAUAA